AUGGAAGUGGAUGAAGACACUCCAGGAUUUCUCUCCAUUGUAGCCACAGAAGCAACCGAAAUAGAAACAAUCAAAGAACAUACUGCAGAAGAAUCUGGAGAUGGAGAAGAGAAACCAGUUCAAAGUGUAGAAGUAGUAGAACCAGCUGUGAUUGCCGAUACUGUAUUAACUGAGUUGAAACCUGUGUAUGAAAACACCUGUUAUACAGUAUCAGAUCUAGAUAAAGGUUUCUUGAAAUCGGAGGUCUACGCGGACUUGUCAGGUUCUGAAGACAGUUGUGACAGAUUAGAGGUUGUGUUCGAAACGAAUAUAGGCAAUACUGCUCAAAUUGAUCCUUUAGAAGUAUCUGUGAGAAGUUCUGAGAUUGCCAAAAGCCAACCUGAAGAGGAGUCUCUAAAUCGUGCCUUCAUAGAUGUGAAAGAGUCUAAGGUGUAUCAGGACCUAUCCAGCGAUUCAGAUAAUAUAGAGGGCGAUUUCGAUGAAUCAAGGACUCAGUUUGAUGAAUUAGAAGAUUGCAUUUUUCAAUCGCGGUCAGAACGUGAAGACGAUUUGUUACUGAGAGAACUAGAAAAGCAGUCGAUGAUGUAA